AUGUGGCUCCUCUUUGUCCGCUAUGUUGUUAAAAAUUUAANACCAAACGGGGUGAUCGCCGCCUGGUGCUACACCAAUCCGGAGGUCAACGCCGCCGUGGACAAGGUUUUCCAGCGGUUUUACGACGAGAAACUUGGUCCUCAUUGGGAUAAAGCGAGGCGGCUUGUGGAGGAUGGGUACAGAGGAAUUGAGUUCCCGUUCGAGAAGGUGGAUGACGAUGACGAUGAUGAUGAUGAGUCAACGGGAAGUCAAAGUCUUCCGGUUAAUAAGUUCGUGACGGAGAGAGAAAUGGUGUUGGAAGAGUAUAUGACUUAUCUGAGGUCAACGUCGGCGUAUCAGACGGCUAAGGAGAAAGGUUUGGAGAUUUUGACGGCGGAGAUGGAAGGAGAGUUUGCUGAUUCUUGGAAAGAAGAUGGGAUUGAGAAGAAAAUUGUUAGGUUUCCGAUUCAUUUGUUGAUCGGAAGAGUUGGAGAAGGCCGUCGUGUCUGAACUCUGAGUUGAUGAUUUGUCACAAACACUUAGGCAUUUCGUCGAACACUUUGUGGGUCUGUUGUCUCACCCAAGAAUACAUACAUUUGCUUAGAUAUUAUAUUUGGAUUUAAUAAUAAAACGUGGGCUGUGUUUGUGUUAA